AUGGCGAUCGUUCCUCGGAGCCGUUGGAUCUUGCCGAACCAAGCCGAUGACGACAACGGCAGGGAGAAAGCCGAAAGGCGGCUUACGAUGUCGUUAAGGCACCUGGUUCCGCAUGAGUUUAUUCACUCCGUGCCGCGCCCGCUCUCCCUCGAGCCCUGCUCCUCCAUCGUCCCUCUGGGCGGCGCGGCGACCGCGGCGGCGGUGACGGCGGCGGCGGAGACGCUGCACCCGCACGGGCACAUCGACGAGGAGGUGGUCCACGUGGGGCCCGAGUUCAGCUGGCAGGCGCACGUGCGCAACCGACUUCAGUACGACCAAAUGUGGCGGCAGUCGAUCGAGAACCCGACGCGCUUCUGGGGCAACGUGGCGAGCGAGUUCUUCUGGCACAAGAAGUGGGACGCCGGCGCGUCCAUCGUGCGCCACAACUUCGACGUGCGCAACGGACCCGUCGCCGUCGAGUGGUUCCCGGGCGGCUACACCAACGUGUGCUUCAACGCCGUGGACCGCCACGUGGCGGCGGGGCGCGGCGAGACGACGGCGAUGCUGUGGGAGGGCAACGACCCCGGGGACGACGCGAAACUCUCCUUCAACGAGCUGCUCGACCAGAUCUGCCAGCUCUCCAACUUCCUGCGGGCAGCGGGCGUGCGCAAGGGAGACACGGUGUGUCUGUACAUGCCCAUGGUGCCCGAGCUCCCCAUCGCCAUGCUCGCAUGCGCGCGCAUCGGCGCCAUCCACUCCGUGGUGUUCGGGGGCUUCUCCGCGGAGUCCCUGGCGGGGCGCAUGGUGGACUGCCGUCCCAAGGUGCUGCUCACGUGCAGCGCCGUGCGGCGCGGAGACAAGGUGCUGGCUCUCAAGGACAUUGCGGACUCCGCCCUGCGCAUCUGCUCCGACCGCGAGAACGUGCACAUCCAGACGUGUCUGGUGUACGACAACUCUCGGGCCAUGGCGCGGCACGAGUGUGCGUUCACACCCGGGCGCGACGUGUGGUGGCAGGAGGUGGUGGGGACCUACCCCACGGACGCUGACGUGGAGUGGAUGGCGAGUGAGGACCCGCUCUUCAUGCUCUACACCUCGGGCUCCACCGGCAAGCCCAAGGGAGUGGUGCACACGACAGGCGGCUACAUGGUGUACGCAGCGACCACGUUCAAGUUCGCGUUUGACUACAAGCCGGGCGACGUGUACUGGUGCACGGCGGACUGCGGGUGGAUCACGGGGCACUCGUACCUCACGUACGGCCCGCUGCUCAACGGCGCCACCAUCGUGGUCUUCGAAGGGACGCCCACGUGGCCGGACCCGGGGCGGUGGUGGCACAUAGUGGACAAGUACAAGGUCACCAUCUUCUACACCGCGCCCACCGCCAUCCGCUCCCUCGAGGCCUGCGGCGACUCGUACGUGCGCCGCCACUCGCGCGCAUCUCUCCGCGUGCUGGGCUCCGUGGGCGAGCCCAUCAACCCCAAGGCCUGGCGCUGGUACUUCGAGGUCGUGGGCGGCGGCCGCUGCCCCAUCAGCGACACGUGGUGGCAGACCGAGACCGGCGGCAUCUGCAUCACGCCUCUCCCCGGCGCAUGGCCGUUAAAGCCCGGCUCCGCGUCACUCCCGUUCUUCGGAAUCGAGCCCGUGAUUCUGGAUCAGCAGGGGAACGAGCAGGAGGGCCCGUGCGAGGGGUACCUGUGUCUGCGCCGUCCCUGGCCGGGAAUGGCGCGGACGCUUUUCGGCGACCACGCGCGCUUCGAGGCGACGUACUUCAGCGUGUGGAAGGGGUACUACACGACGGGCGACGGCGCGCGGCGCGACCGCGACGGGUACAUCUGGCUGACGGGGCGCGUGGAUGACGUCAUCAACGUGAGCGGGCAUCGCAUCAGCACGGAGGAGGUGGAAUCGGCGCUGGACGCGCACCCCGCGUGCGCGGAGGCGGCGGUGGUGGGGUACGACCACGAGGUGAAGGGGCAGGGCGUGUACGCGUUCGUGACGCUCAUGUCUGGUAUCUCGCCGAGCGAGUCGCUGCGCAAGGCGCUCAAGGACACCGUGCGGAACGAGAUCGGGUCGUUUGCGGCGCCGGACGUGAUUCACUGGGCGCCGGGGCUGCCCAAGACGCGCAGCGGCAAGAUCAUGCGCCGCAUCCUCAGGAAGAUCGCCGCCAAUAAGCUCGACGAGCUCGUGAGUCAUGGGGUCAUGGGGGGUGAGAAUGGCCCCGCGAACCCCUCCGGCCCUCGUGCAUCCCACCCAGCCAACCGCUCCAGAUACAAAGCCCCCCCUCGCUCAUUCAAUUCUUCAGUCACUUGCAGCUCACUCGAUUACUUCUCUUUAGCGAUUAUCAGAGCGGCAACAGGCUCAUCUCAGGCUUGGGCUCGGCCCGUCACCAGCGCAGGCGCGAAGGCACAGACAGAAGUCAUGGCUACCGCUGUUUCCUCUGCCUUGCUUUCCGGCUCCGCAGCGGUCCUCGACCGCCGGGGAGUUAGCGAUGCGAGGUCUUCCUCGCUUCGCGCCGCCUCUUCGUCGGCUGCUGCUGGUUCCGCCGUUUCCUUGCUUCCGUCGUCAUCCCGUUGGUCUGUAUGCCUCAACCGUCUCGCUGCGCGCGCGUCGGCUUCGGACUCAUCGUCAGCACGUGGUCCGCUCGUCACCGACAGGAGCCAUGGCGUGCUCUCCGGCGAGUGGGACAAGAGCGUGUCGCUUCUCUCGUACGAAGACCUAUCACAUCACCUCCAGAGCGUUCUUAUCCGCGGAUUGGUCGAGGACUCCGAGGUUGCUACCACGGAGCCGGUUCCUCUGACGGCCACGAGAAGACACGGCAUCGUGUCCGGCGAGUGGGAUAAGAGCGUGUCGAUGCUUCACUACGAAGACCUCUCGACUUUCUUCGAGGCGACGCUCGUGCAAGGUCUUCAGGAAGACGCGGAGGCGAAUUUCGUGCCGCUCGAGGCCCACCGGUCGCACGGCGUCGUGUCCGGCGAGUGGGACAAGAGCAUUUCGAUCCUCAGCUACGAGGAUCUUUCCAAGCACCUUCUCGAGAACCUUCCCGCGGGGUCGGCUGCUCCUGCGGCGGAGCAGGUGGUGCCGCUGAUGUCGGAUAAGAGCCAUGGCGUGCUGUCUGGCGAGUGGGACACGGGCGUGACGAACCAGAGCUAUGAGGAUGUGAAGUUCCAUAUCCAGACGAAGAUGGCGAAGGAGGGCCGUGCGAAUUAG